AUGGCUGUUUACUCCAAGGGUCUCGAGUGGUUAGUAUCUAUGGUUAUACCUCCUCAGGGUCGUCCCUCUAUACUAUCCCAACGUCAUGAUACACACCCAGGCAUCAGUCGAAUGAAGAAUCUUGCUCAAGCUUAUGUGUGGUGGCCAGGCUUAGAUAAAGACACUAAAGACAAAGUGAAAGAAUGUGUUACUUGCCAGAUUUCUCGUCCUACUCCACCACAAGCUCCAGUUCAUCCCUGGGAAUGUCCAUUUUCUCCAUGGGCUAGGAUCCAUAUAGAUCAUGCUGGUCCUUUUAUGGGGAAAACAUUUCUCAUUAUUAUUGACACACAUUCCAGAUGGCUAGAAGUAGAGAUUGUCAGUUCUACAUCAGCUGAAGUCACUAUUCAGGUUCUAAGGAAGCUGUUUGCUAUGCAUGAAUUGCCUGAACAAUUAGUCUCAGACAAUGGAACAGCUUUUACUAGUCAUCAGUUUAAAGAAUUUAUGAGUAAGAAUGGUAUCUGUCACUCCCUAACUUCCCCAUAUCAUCCUCGUUCAAAUGGUCUGGCAGAACAAGCUGUUCAGAUAACUUUGAUAUUACAAAGUUAUCUUUGA